AGCGAGCCCCAGUGCAAUACUGCCCGAGCCCGGGCGGGGUCUCUGUUCUCUGGCAGAGGACGUCCCUUGGCAGCGGGAAGCUCCCUCUCUUUCUCUCGCUGCCUCUCCGAGUCUGCGCCCUGGUGCCAGGCGCCCUGCUCGGCGCUCCCCUGUGCUCGCCCGGCGCCCACUCAUUUGCAGCCCAGCCUUCGCCGCUGCCACCUCCCUGCUCCUCUUCCUCCUCCUUUCCCCAGCCCGCCGCGGCCAUGGCGGACAGCGCUAGCGAGAGCGACACGGACGGAGCGGGGGGCAACAGCAGCAGCUCGGCCGCCAUGCAGUCGUCUUGCUCGUCGACCUCGGGCGUCGGCGGCGGCGGUGGCGGCGGAGGAGGCGGCGGUGGUGGGAAGUCCGGGGGCAUUGUCAUCUCGCCGUUCCGCCUGGAAGAGCUCACCAACCGCCUGGCCUCGCUGCAGCAGGAGAACAAGGUGCUGAAGAUCGAGCUGGAGACCUACAAACUCAAGUGCAAGGCGCUGCAGGAGGAGAACCGCGACCUGCGCAAAGCCAGCGUAACCAUCCAAGCCAGGGCUGAGCAAGAGGAAGAAUUCAUCAGUAACACUUUAUUCAAGAAAAUCCAAGCUUUACAGAAGGAGAAAGAAACCCUUGCAGUCAAUUACGAGAAGGAAGAAGAGUUCCUCACUAAUGAGCUCUCCAGAAAAUUGAUGCAGUUGCAGCAUGAGAAGGCUGAGCUGGAACAGCACCUUGAACAGGAGCAGGAAUUUCAGGUCAACAAACUGAUGAAGAAAAUUAAAAAACUGGAGAACGAUACCAUCUCUAAGCAGCUUACAUUAGAGCAGUUGAGACGAGAGAAGAUUGACCUUGAAAAUACAUUGGAACAAGAACAAGAAGCGCUAGUUAAUCGUCUCUGGAAAAGGAUGGAUAAACUGGAAGCUGAAAAGCGAAUCCUGCAGGAGAAAUUAGACCAGCCCGUCUCUGCUCCACCAUCACCCAGAGAUAUCUCCAUGGAGAUUGACUCUCCAGAAAACAUGAUGCGCCACAUCAGAUUUUUAAAGAAUGAAGUGGAGAGGCUGAAGAAGCAACUACGAGCUGCUCAGUUACAGCAUUCAGAGAAAAUGGCACAGUAUCUGGAGGAGGAACGCCACAUGAGGGAAGAAAACUUGAGGCUGCAGAGGAAGCUGCAGAGGGAGAUGGAGAGAAGAGAAGCCCUCUGUCGACAGCUCUCCGAGAGCGAAUCCAGCUUAGAAAUGGAUGAUGAGAGGUAUUUUAACGAGAUGUCUGCUCAAGGAUUAAGACCUCGCACUGUGUCCAGCCCGAUCCCUUACACGCCUUCUCCAAGCUCCAGCAGGCCUAUUUCACCCGGUCUAUCAUAUGCAAGUCACACAGUUGGUUUCACACCACCAACAUCACUGACUAGAGCCGGAAUGUCUUAUUACAAUUCUCCUGGCCUUCACGUGCAGCACAUGGGAGCCUCCCAUGGCAUCACAAGGCCUUCACCACGGAGAAGCAACAGCCCUGACAAAUUCAAACGGCCCACACCGCCUCCAUCUCCCAACACACAGACCCCAGUCCAGCCACCUCCACCUCCGCCUCCGCCACCCAUGCAGCCUGCGGUCCCCUCGGCAGCCACCUCGCAGCCCGCCCCUUCGCAACAUUCGGUGCAUCCCUCUUCCCAGCCUUAAUGCAUGUGCUUAGUCUGAAGUUUAAGUUGGGACUCGUAAAAUGGAGCCGUCUACUCAACGCCAAAGGCUUCCUUCCCUGGCAUAUUUGGAUCUGACUUAUUUGCACUGAGGUUAUCUACGCUUCACUUUUAAUUGUGUUGUAAAUGUUUGUCAGAAACGCAGCCAGUGUUGUGGGUCGGCGACACUAACCAGACGACUUUUCCAUCAGUGUUUUACUUGAAUCUACAUGUACGUCCAUUCCCUGGCUGGAACAUUUGCUUUUCAAUAUUUGGUAAUCAGCAGCAGUGUGCAAUUCUUGCUUGGCCCCAGAGCUUCAUUUUCUUGGCUUUUAGGUUUGUAAAAUAAAAAGGGAUAUCUUUUUUAUAUUUUUUUUCCCAUGAAUUUGCAGAAACUUACUGAGCUGUUAUUACCCCCUACCCCAUUAUAAUGGUGUUUACCGAACAUCCAGUAAAUUCAGCACUAGAAUUCCCACCUUUGCAAAAUCGAGCUUUCAGUAUAGAAUGGAAAGUGAGAUGAAUCAGUGCCCAAGACAUCCAUACUGUUUGAUAGAGCUUUCUACAGAUACACUUUUUACAGGUUAUUUUCAGUAUGUAUCGACAUCUAUGUUGAAACUGUUGUAAAACAGCUAAAGUAAUGGAUCAUGUGGUUAUUGUAUAUGAAGAUGUGGUUCUUUAUCUUUAAUGUUCCCCGAACUGGCUCCCUCUGACAUGAGCUGAUAAAUGUUGUACCCCUACCAGGGAUUUUGGUGGCUGAUUAGAACGUGCUAUUUGAUUUCUGCUGCCGGAGGUAAUGUGAUUGUAACAAAAACAGCUAUUUUCCCCUUCCGUUCUUUAUUCGUGUUCCCCUAAGAUAGAGUCCGAACAAAUAUUUUAAAGAUGCAAAAAUACUAUUAGAAAAUGCUAUUUGAAGUGAACAUUAUAGAAAUAUCUUGGCAUCAUGGCUACAAAAUACUGUAUUGCUUGGCAGAAAAGCGAAGAGGCAGAGGGGACAGUAGCCCGUGGGCAUCGACGUAUGCUUAUUUCCCCCAGUAUAAAGCAAGUGCAGUGUACAAAGAAGUAUAUUCUGAAUACAUUAUUUGCAUUCAUUUAGCACAAAUAAAUCAUUUGGUUUCACUUUGAAGUGAAACACUGUGAGUCACUCUUUUCUUCAUACUUGCAACAUCUUUGUUUUUCAGCAGUUCUUGUUUUGUACUUUGGUAGUAACAUGGUUUUUACCACCUGUGUUGGCAUAUUUCUAUAUGCCGUGGAUGAAAAUAACUUACUAGAGAAUGUAUAUUUUAUGAUGAGAUGUGUAUCUGUUGGAUAUAAUCAGAAAACUGAAAAUGAAUUUAUCAGUAAUUUUUAAGAGUCCAGGUUUCGUGACAACCAUCUCUAAUAGCUAGCGCUUUAUUGACCACACUCCUAAAAAUAGGGAACCAUAACCUUGUAGAUAUUUAAUAUUGUACAGUAUAGAAACCUCCAUUUUUGCCUUCAAAUGCAUAUUUAAGAGUUCCAGAAUGAAAAAGUCUUGUUGGAUAAUAGUGUUUGACUAGCAUUUUAAGAGCUUGAGAGUAAAAGCAACAAUAGGACUUUUCACCUCUCCCUGCUUCUGCCCCCAGACUGAGAACAUCACUCACUCCUCAGUUGCUUAGAAGAAAUCGUACGUCUAUAUAAAUUUUAUUUAUAAUGUGUGAUAUACAUAAUCAUAGUACAGUUCUCAUAUACAAGGAAGGAGUUUGGUGUUUAGUUAUUGAGACUUUAGGCUUUUCAUACGAUCAGACUGGGUCAUGUCAAACCCAGAGAUUCCACCAACAGCCCACUGACCGUCCUGGUACAUUGCCAUUCCAAGGAAUUCUGAGUAGCAAACAAAUUUUGCCUUCAUGGUACAGUUCUUGGUUUUUCUUAUAGGAGGAACAUGGCAUAUGUUUACAAGACUCUUUUACGAGAUGAUCGAUUUCAAUGCUGUUGGGUAGCGUCUUACACUCAAGCAAAAAGUCCGUAAUGUGAUGAUCGUCCCUCAGCUUCCUGCACAUUUAGUUACCCUCUGAAAGCACAAAAGUGAAAACAUUGCCAUAUGUUGAAAAAGCACUUGGACUGAGCAAACAGUUUCUGAUAAAUGCCUCUUACGACAGGGUUUUGACGUUCUGCCGAAAUGUACUGCUGGUUCCCCUAGGCGUUUCACUUCAAAAUAAGACACAGCUCCUUCAAACAGCCCUUUUCCUCCUUAAAUCUAGUCACCUCACCCCUGUGGACAUUCAGAAUUGCUAGAACAAAACACUACUGUUUGAAUUUAUGAUGUUUCAUUUUUUUGGGAAGCAGUAGCUGCAGCAGUAGCGCUUACUGUAUGCCAGGCCUGUGCUUCUUGCCUGACCUGCCUCAUCGCAUUUAUUUUUUUGUUCCCCCCUGUAAAUUUCCCUUUUUUGUGUGUGUGCUUUAGAUGAAAGUUUACAGGGCAAAUUAGUUUUCCCAAUUCAAUAACUUAUACACAGAGUGUUGCGUGACACUGGUUGCAAUCCUGCAAUGUGUCAGCACUCUCCCCAUCACCACCCUGAGUUUCCCGUUUCUGGUUUUCCUGCCCUUCCCUGUCUUGUCGUCUUUGCUUUUGGGCAGAUGUUACCCUUUUGGUUCUCAUAUAGGUGAUUGUUCUGAGGAGCACUUUCCUUGUGGGUGUUACUGUUUGUUUUAUAGGCCUGUUUGUAUUGGGGUGAGAGGUGCUCUCCGGAAGUGGUUUCAGAUCCAGUUCAGGAGGGUGUCUAAGGGCCAUAGUCUCGGGGGUUGUUUCAUGUUCUUUUAAAGUGUUUUAUGACCCCAUGUGGAGCCUGUACCAUUGGUUCAGUAACUGCCAGGACAAUUUCUUGGCAGUUGUUUAGUCACCAAGGACCCAUAAGAUUCUAAAUCUGACCCCACAGAGGCAAGAGACCCCUCACCUGUGGGAAGCUGACUUACCUCAGGGCACUUCUCAUGGGGGGCUGAACAUAGUUACUGCUAUUCCUGUUGUCCGCUCGCCCAGGUUAGCCCUGGACUGACUUCCAGAAGGCCUUUGUAAGAUCAGUAGCCGUCACGAGGGCAGGUGGGAGCAACAGUGGCUUCAGGACACCUCACUUGCCUGUCUAGCUGACAGAGACCCUUGGCUACCACUGUGCUGCUAAUAAGACAAGUACUCCAUUGCCAGAAUACCAUGCCUUUUGUACAAAACCAAAUUAAUUUACCCUAAUACCUGACACCUCUCUGGGCUCUGAACUGCUUUCUUUCAUUGAGCAUGCUGGCCGUCUGGACAGAAUCUAGAAAUUUGGCAGAUGGUAGAAGUAUUUAAGAUUUCAUUUAACUUGCUCCUUUGUUGAUUGAAAGGAGUCUUAAAUUCUGAGCUCCUGAGAUACCAGCAACCAUGGAAUGAAUGUGUGACCAGAAUGUGGCUUUGACCCCAAGUGCUGCUGCCUCUUUGUAAUUGGCUUCUGAAUGAUUCCACCAGGAGUAAUUGACAAUGUGAAUUUUUUUUUUACUGCUCGAUUAUAGGAAAGUAGAAAACGUAUCUCCCUUUGUUAGGUAGACAUGAACUUUUCCUGCACGAAGCCUUGCUUACAGAGGAUGCUGAAUAAGACAAGAAAAAGCAUAGUACCUUGUGCUUUGAGAGCUCAAAUCUUUUUCUCUAAUUAGUACAGAAGAAAUAUUUCUAUGUAACUUGAUCUUCUGUCUAGUAGUUGUCUUACAGGUAACCAACACUGAAAACUUUCUGGUGAUGCCUACCAAAGAAACACCUAGUAGAACAACAUUUUAUUUCCAAAUUAUUAAAGAGCCAGCCAUUGACGCUGCUACAUGAGUCCCCCUGCUCAAGAGCCAUUGUAACACAUUAAGGGGUUUUUAGGGUUUUUCGUUUUUUCGAUAAAACAUACACACAGCUAUUAGCAUAAAGUUAUGGAGAGCAUUGUCCACAAUGCUGAGCAAUUGAUUAACUGCCAAGCCUCUCUCAUUAGGCGAUUGUUCCUGAUAGCAUGCGUGCUGCGUGUGUGUGUGCGUGCGCGCAUGUGCAUUCAUUCAUGCCUUAACUUGGUCACUGCUCAACUUUAGUUCUUGACUUAGUCUGCACCGUCAUCUAGAUCGUAUCGUACAUCUCUAUCUGAACUCAUCCUGGCAAAAACAAAGUUGCAGGCACAACAGUGUAAGAAUGCAUUCUUCCGGGUGUGUAUUCGAUCAGGUUGACCCUGAGUUUUCUUUUGGACUUUAUUUGGUACUUAGCAUGUGAAGCAAAAGUGGACCGCCCAACAGAACGAUGUCAACCAGGAAAAGAGGAGAGCCGAGUGCUAGCAUGUCUUCUGCCUCUGCAUAUCCGUGCACAUUGUGUGUUGUUCAUGAUAGCUUGUCCUACAGCUCGACUAGGUUGGAGUUCUGGUGAUAGUGGCAAUUUUGACAUUCUUGGUCAGAGUUUAGAGAGAUGUAAGACUUCCAAUUAAUGUCUUAUUUGCUUCUUUAUGUUGAUUAGUCUUUGAUACAUGUGCUGAAUCAGAAACCUAAAUAAAGAUAAUUUUUUAAAAUGUGCCUCUUGAGCCUUAAA